UAGUUUUAUGCUCUUUAGUAAUUUUUCAUUCCCUAUAAUUUGUGGCGGAUUUUUUAAAGAAGAGUAUCUGGAUGGUUAGAUAUAGAAAGUUAACGUCAACCUUAUUUUCACAGCAAAUAAUGACAGAAGAGGGAGAAGGCUUGUCCUGGUUGCAUGAUCUUCUGAAAGAGUUAGAACUUGAGCAAUUCUUCUCACGAAUACGAGACGACCUGCAGGUUACUCGGCUCACACACUUUGACUAUGUGCUUGUGGAGGACCUAGAGAGAGUAGGUAUGGGUGCGCCAGCCGCACGCCGUCUGGUAGACAUGGUGAAGAAGCGGCGUGCGGCACAGCGACGGCGCAGCCUCCUCACCAAACUGAUGCCAGCCAAGGGUGGUACCAUGGGCAAACAGCGGAGUGGCUCCAGUGGCACCACAGAGUCUCCUACGGCACUCAGCGCCGUCAGUCUCACAUGUCUUAUACAGGAGAAGGACGUCAGCCUAGGUAACAAGCUGGGUGACGGUUCGUUUGGUGUGGUGAGGAGAGGAGAGUGGAGUAGCCCUACAGGACGGCUGGUGUCUGUGGCAGUCAAGGUACUGAAGGCAGACGCUCUCACACAGCCUGGAGUACUGGAGGACUUUGUAAAGGAGGUGCAGGCGAUGCAUCAACUAGACCAUCCACAACUGAUCAGGCUGUACGGUGUAGUGCUGACUCAACCCAUGAUGAUGGUGACAGAGUUGGCAACACUGGGCUCUGUACUGGAGUACAUGCGUAAACAGAGUGGCCACAUUCCCAUCACUCAGCUGUGGGACUAUGGACUGCAGGUGGCUACUGGUAUGGCCUACCUGGAGACUAAGAGGUUUAUACAUCGGGACCUCGCCUGUAGGAAUGUACUGCUGGCCUCUGUUGAUAAGCUGAAGAUUGGAGACUUUGGGCUGAUGAGGGCUCUGCCGCAAGCCGAGGACUGUUACGUCAUGACAGAACAUAGCAAGGUGCCAUUCCCGUGGUGUGCGCCAGAGUCUCUCAAGGCCAGAAUGUUCAGCCACGCCAGUGACGUGUGGAUGUUUGGAGUCACUCUGUGGGAGAUGUUCACAUUCGGCCAGGAGCCGUGGCUGGGCCUCAACGGAAUGCAGAUCCUUCGCAAGAUAGACCGAGAGGGAGAGCGACUUCAACAACCUGAGGCUUGCUCCCCAGAGUUCUACAAACUUAUGAUGCAGUGUUGGAGCAAGAACCCUGCAGAACGACCCACAUUCUCCGCCAUCUUGCAGCUUCUGCGCCGCAGUGCCCCGCCUGUCAUGAAGGCACUGCAGAGACUAGCUGAGCCCGAGAAACUAGCGGUGGAGCCUGGGGACAGCAUCAUCAUUGUAGACGGCAGCCCGGAGUUGUACUGGUGGCUGGGACAGAACCUACGCACCUUUGAGAUCGGACGAUUCCCCAGGUGUCUUGUAGACCCGAUGAGACCCAAGGACCCUACAGAUAUCAGCAAGCCACUGACCAACUCCUUCAUUCACACUGGACAUGGAGAUCCAUGGGGUCCCUCGUGGGGUAGUCCGUCAGCCAUAGACGAGGUCUACCUUCGUAACCCAAUGGAUCCACCCGAUGUUCUGGGUAUACCUAACGGCAACGCUCCGAACGUGUUGUCUCCGCUCGCUCAGCCGAAGAACAAACACGAACUAGAGAGAGUGAGGGAGAUAUGGGAAGUGAGGGUUAGACGACUGCUGGAACAGUUUCCUCAAAUGGAACUGCCUCGGUGGCUCUCUCAUCUGUUGGCCGAGUAUCCGGCUCUGUGUAACCGGGACGGACAAGCAACACACCUGCUACAAAGGCAUAGCGCCAAAGGUCAGUUUGAGUACUCCAAGCUGCAGAAUGAACACAAACACAAGCAUCGGCCCAAGACUAAUGACACGAGGGUGACCCGACCAGCCCCCGGGAGACCACCUGACCCGGUAAGGGCUCCGUCAGAGGCGGUGUUGAUAGACUUUGGGGGCGCCCCCCCUCCAGCACCCGCACCGCCCCCAAUGGGUCACAGUCCCGGCACGAGCUUGAUAGAUGAACCCAUCGAUGUGCCUGAGGAUGGCAUAGAAGAUGACUGCUGGAGCACCACAGAUUCUUUUACUGGAACGGAAGAGAGAGGGUACGCAAACUACCAGAACAACACAACCGCAAUGCCCGACCCCUUUGAUACAUCUCGGGUGUAUCAACCAACCAACAGUCCAUCACGUUACUACUCUCAAAUCACCCCUGAGAACGUGACAAUGCAACACUACUCCAACACGGACUUGGAGGAAUCCCCAGUGAAGAAACUAGAUCCCAAGUUCAUUACUGAGCUGGAGAAACACCUUGGGCAGAAGGAAGCGAGCGCUAACACCCAUAACACGUGGAACCACGUAGUAGCCAAGAGUGGCUCAGGAGAGUCGAUCCCUGCGCUGGUGCCCCCACCGCAGUCGGGAGGGAGACUGCAGCGCAAGCCAUCCAACGCAGCCGCCACACUACCAGCUGGCUCCCUAGUGCAGAACUCGUGGUCAACCAAGAGCGUCAACUUGAGGUCCGAGAGUAAUCGGUAUUCCCGAGCACAAAGUGUUUGUUUGCCUCAAAAUUGGAAUGUUACAGAACAGGGUACAGGGUCGUCAAAAGAUCUAAGGUAUGGAAACUUGGCGGCGACUGGUGAUGCGUUCGGGUCUUCACCCAGUGUAAAUAGUGUUUCAAAGAACGUUAAUUUUGAUCAGACUCUUUCCGAGUCGUUAGUUAGUAAAAUGUGGAUUAGCCAGCAACAGAACGAACAGGGUACGAAUAGUCAGCCUCAGAAGGAGCAGAGAACAAACUGUCAGUCGUACCAGUACGAACAGAGAUCGAGCACUUUGCCUCACCAAUACGACCCUGUAGAUACAUCGUGGAGCAAUUAUGCCCCUACACCGUCCUCACAGCCUAACUACGCAUGUACGCCUUCUUCAAAGUCUAAAUACGCCUCUACGCCUUCGUCACAGUCUAACUACGCUCCUACACCGUCCUCACAGUCUAACUACGCUCCUACACCGUCCUCACAGGCUAACUAUGCCUAUCCUUACUCAACGGUCAGUCCCGGUGGUGAUGAGAUUAGAGUGAACAAAGUGCGCCAGGUGAUGGCCCAGGCUGGAGCCGGCGUAGCUGAGGAGGAGUGUCUGGCGGCGCUACAGCAGCACCAGUGGGACACACAGCGGGCACUGCGCCAGCUCAAACUGGACUCUCUAACAAGGCUAGGUUUGGCGUCAAGGCAUCAAUGUGAAGUCGCUCUCAACUCUUGCGACUGGAGUGUGGAGCGUGCUGCGUCUUACAUCCUGGACACUGUGAAGAGCUAGCGACAAGUCAACUCUAGAUAACAAUGUACAACCUAGCUCGUACAAAUACACAAACGCCUUUUAGUGUAUUCAAUGUUUUCUGUGAUCAGUUGUCUUCUAAAUCAUCUCCACUGGAUGAAUGGCUGGCAAAAGUUUUCCUGUGAAACCUGAAAACUGUAUGUUGUUUUUUAUUCUUUUAAAUGGUCGAUACGGUUCAAUUUUAGUACAUGCAUUGGGAAGGGAAAAAGUAUUAAGUCAGCGUUGAUACAGUUUUACUUUAUUAGACUGAAACUUUAAGGAUAAAUAUUUUUCCUUUGAAAAACUGUUUUACAGGGUGUGGAGGAUGCUGGCCAUGAAAGGCUCUGGAUUUACUAGAGGUUUUUGAAAGUCUCUGAAAAUUACAGAUUUUUAUUUAAAGAAAUUCUGUCAGGGAUCCUGUGGCUAAAACAAAGUGGUUAAAACGGUAAUUUUAUCUUUCCUUCCACAACAAUUUUAAGCAACAAUGGGGUAGUGAUAAGGACUUGCCCAAGAACUACUUUAGCCCUGUAAUAACACAAGUAUUUAAAACAGGUGUUUAUGCUGCAGUAUAAAAAAAAUCAUUAAAGUAAUUCAAAAAGGGUAUGAACGUUAACCAUUAGCAGUGGAGAAGUUUUGGUUAGUGUUUAUUUAAUUAGAAUAUGUUAAUUGUUUAGGUUUUAGUUUAUACAUUUAAUUUCUGGCUUUGUCAACAUGGUUCUGCAAAUUAAAUAUCAUUUUUGGUGUUAAAAAUUGAUAAGUAAAAACAAACUGAUUUGAUUUGAUCCAAAAGUUUAGUAUUAUAAGUAAAAUAAAGAUCUAAAAUGUCCUCUUUUACCAAGUAUUUUUUUUACAUUUUAUAAAUAAAUUUGUAGUUUGCCCAAGUACCUGAAACUAAUUUGACUGUGGACUCUUGUUUUGAGGAAAACUAAGCAUUAAAUUUAGUUUGUAACUGGUAAGUUUAUAAUAGAUCAGUUUGGGUGGAAACUUUCUAAAUCGAAAUACCAUGACUUACUGAAGUAAAUUAUUCCCCUGUAAAAUGGUGAUCAUGGUAAAUUUUCAACAGGGGAUAAUACAUUUAAUUGCUAAAAGAUUGUAACUUCUGCCUUUUAAUAAUAAUUUCAUAACACCAAAUGCCUGAUAUUAUUUUAUAAAUUAGCUUUAUGGGAUUUAUAGUAAACAAGCUUAGUGACCAGUGUAGCUUGGUGUAUCCUUUGUUUAUUACUGGCAUACAGUGUUGUUAUGCUAAACAUGUUCUUUUUCAAGCACAAUAUACUGUAGUUAGAGCCUAUGUUUCAAUCUAAUUUAAACAAGUGUAAUAUCAAUAUGUAUUGAUUUUUUAACUUAAAUUGUAAUUUGUUUUUGUAUAUUUUGUAUUUUAUUAAUUUUGUGUUUUAUAUUUUUAGUGUAAGUAUUAUUUUAGAUUAUUUAACAUGAUGGUCCUUUUUAGUAUUUACAACAUUACUCUUUGAGACUGUUUGCUUUAUAAAUAUGUACAGUUUUAGAUUACCUUCAAAUGUAGGUAUUAUACCUAAUUAAACGUAUUACCAAAUACCAUAAUAAUAUCAUGGCUUUAAAAGUAUUUAUUUAUACUAUCCAACAUGUUAUAUCAAUAUCAUUAAGUGAA